ACGAGACUGAGUUUGUGAAUUUUUAUUGUUCGUUUAUUUUUUUUUUUUUUUGUUUUUCUUCUUGGUGUGAUUGCCAGUGCGGUGCCGGCUUCCAUUCGGAUCUCGCACGCGAGCUUUGCUCUCGGAUACAACAUCGAAGGCGGAUGAGCCGACGUGGUCACCGUGAUCGAUUGCUCAAGCGGCGUGAAAAUUAAAACGACAGUGCGGUAGUGCGACAAAAAGUGCAAUAUAAUGACGGCGGACUCGACGGUCAGGAGUCAGGACUCCAACAAUAGCAGCGACUCGAAGGAGACGAAGUCGUCGAAGAUAUCGGAGAGCACGAGAGCGUCGAAGCCGGACAGUUGUCUGGAUUCGAAACAUUCGAAAGACGCGCUGAUCGAUUCGAGGCAGAAGGCAGCGCAACAGCAACAAUUACAGCAGCACACUAAACAGGAGCCUAAGGAUGACUCGGGAAUUCUUAUGUUCACCUCCUGUGGUCAGCUGCUCCUCGGUGUGGUGCUCGUGGUAUUCGGCGUGCUGACCCUCGUGCAUGGCGCCUCGCUGGGCGGCACAGGAGCCGGCUUGUGGGCAGGAGCGAGUGCACUGGUGGCCGGCGCACUGGGCGUAGUGGCGACGCUGUCGACCAACACGGACGGCCGAGCGAGCUCGGGCUUCUCGUCGGCGCACUUGGCCUCGAGCCUGGUCGCGCUGGCGAUGUCGAACAUGGCCGCGAUCACCGCGCUCACCGCCGUCGUCAGGGAUACGCAGCGCAGCCCACCGGACGUCACGCUGCUCACGCUUCCGGACGACGAUAACGUGGACAUUGAAGAAGGUUGGGCAGGCCUGUUAGCCAGCAUCGGCCUUUUGAUCACCAGUGCAGCCGAACUGUUCGUCUCGGGCUACACAUGCGUCACUCUCGCGCCUAAAUUGUGCGACUGUCUUCGUCCUGGUAACGACGACGGCGAGGAGAUUAUCGUCGACGGCAAGACACUGAAAACGCGUAACAUGGUUCAUCAAUGGGUCAUCGCUCAAAAUCACGUGCCUAAAAAUCAACCGAUCUACGUUGUCCAACCUGUCAUGCCUGUGCACCGGAUUAUGCAGUCGCCGUACGGAAUGCAUCCAGCGCCUGGCAAGUACGCCGGUGGGUUCUUGACUUCGGUACCACCGGGUGCGGUGCCGGUUCCGAUGAUCUAUCCACCCGUCAGGCCACCCUCGCAAAUCAUCCGCAGCAAGCAGCAAAAGAAGCGUCGCCACUCGGCAGACCAAUCAGACAGCGAACGUCACCGCCGUUCAAGCAGCAACAGUUCACCAGAGGAUCGACAGUCGCGAACGAGUAACAAGCAGCAACCUAUGGCCUCGAUUGGCGAGGCUGACGUGGCGCGCACUUACACUGGCCUCGACAAGCGCAUGUCCGAGGAAUUCAUAGCCAUCGCCAUGGAUCCGGAACGCAAAUCUAAAGCUUCCAGUCAUCAUGGUAGCGAAGUUAACGCUGCUCAUAAGUAAGCCACGAUUUGUUCAGUAAUUUUUGGCGAUUUUCGAUGAAAAUUUCGUUGCGUAUUGAAAUUAGGUCGUUUUGGCGUUUUCGACACUUAUAAAUGAAUUAUAAUUGCAAAACAAAAAAAAACUUUUUAUGUAUCUGACUACUGCAUUCGUAUUGUUUGCCUAUUAAUCAUGUAAAUAUUAAGAAGGUGCUAGUCAAACAAUUGAUUUUUUUAAUUUUUAUACUCUAUUAGUCGUACUAUCAAAGGUAAUGUGUAAGUCGGAUUGUAACUUUCUGUAAACUUAAAUUUUAAUUGUUUGCAAAAAUAUCUCGAACGUUAAUUGUUUUUUAUACUCUUAUGAUAGUCACCUGAUGAUUCGAAUAACUUUGCAAAAAGUUACAACAACUUUCGAUAUUGCAAUGUUCUAUUUUGCAACUAAAAAUUAUAUGUAUGCUCUAUAAGUAUAUCUAUAAUUUCUUUUCGUAUAUAUUUUAUUUUUAAAAAAUGUAUAAAAUAGCAUUUAAGAGAUUUGUAUAAAUUAUAUUCAAUGCAAAAAUUGGUACUCUUUGGCUUAGGUAUUUAGAGUCUAUUUUUUUAUUCUAUAAAACUUUUAAAAUUGUAAUUAGAAUGUCAAAAAGCAGCUAUCGUAAGAAUAUUUAAAGCAAAGCUAGUUUCAACAACAUUUUCAGUUCUUUUUAUUAUUCUACGAAAGAAAAUGCGGUCGUACAGUUUUCAAACACAUAAACUAUGUAAAUAAAAGUUCGAUAAUUACAGGUAUCAUCAGAACGACAAUUAUUAUUGUCGCAUUACUUAUUGCAAAAAUGAUAUGCGUGAAAGACUUCAUCAUGCGUAAAUAUAUUUUAUAAUUAAAAACAGUGUAUUUCUAGUAAGCUUUUAUUUGAAUACACAUUUAUUCCAUAUAAGAUUGUAAAUAAAGUAAUUCACGUUAUUUUAUAAGUAUACAACUUCAAUUGUAAAAAUAACAAUUCGUCUUACAUUAUAAUUAUCUUCAAAUAAAUACAAGAUACUGCGAAAAGUCAUAACAUAUUGGAUAUGCAUUAUUCUAAAAGUUUUAUCGUUGUAAUAUAAAAAUUAUAACACAAUGAGAGUAAAUCUCGUAUAUUUGUGUAUAUACACAUAUUUAGAUGAUAGUUGCAAAAAUUCAGUUGACGAAUUGAUAAUACGUUUACAGUUAUUUCGAAAUCUUCAUGCAAAUUUCCAAUUCAAAAUGACAUAAAUAUGGAAUAGCUUAAACUUCUAGUUACAAUUGUAUACAUAUAGUGAAUGCUUGAAAAAUCAACAUGUAUUUAUAAUCAAUGUUAACAUAAGCCUCAUUGAUUUUUAUUCAAUGUUGCAAUAUAGUGUCAUAAGUUCAAAAUAAUACAACAUAUAAUCACAAAUUAUACCGUUUAUAUAUAUUUCUACCUACAGAUUUCUAAUCAUGAUAAAAUAUUUUUUAAUCACAUUUAAAUACUUUGAUAUUCAAUUGCAUUUUUGGAAUAAUUUAAUCACAAUUUAGUCAAAGUCUGAUGAUUCACUUCCUUUUACUAGUUAAUAUAGCGUUUUAUCUAUCAAUUAAUCCUCGAAAUGUAUACUGA